CCGCGGGAGUUGGUGUUGGCGACCGUGACCACGGUCUCCUGGCGUUGCCGGGCCGGGGUGGGUGUGGGGGCCCCUGACACCUCCGACUCCGCGCCAUUGCAAAGCUGCGCGCUCGGGCUCCACGGGCGCCCUGCGAGGUGGGCGCUGCGUUCUCGUUUCACGGGCGAGGAGGCUUGGGCAGAGAGACGAGGCCACUUGUCCAAGGUCAUGCAGCUGGGUCUCCACCCAACUCCAUGCUUCGAGUCCUGCUCUCUGCCCAGGCCUCUGCUGCUCGGCUGUCUGGCCUGCUGCUGCUCCCGCCAGUACAGCCCUGCUGUCUGGGGCCCAGCAAGUGGGGGGACCGGCCUCCCGGAGGAGGCCUCCAUGCAGGCCCUGUGCAGGGGCUACAGCGGCUUCUGGAACAGGCGAGGAGCCCUGGGGAGCUGCUGCGUUGGCUGGGCCAGAACCCCACCAAGGUGCGCGCCCAUCACUACCCUGUGGCACUUCGUCGUCUGGGUCAGCUCUUGGGGUCCCAGCCACGACCCCCUCCCGUGGAGCAGGCCACACUGCAGGACUUGAGUCAACUCAUCAUCCGAAACUGCCCCUCCUUUGAUCCUCACACCGUCCACGUGUGUCUGCACCUUGCAGUCUUACUUGGCUUCCCGUCAGAUGGGCCCCUGAUGUGUGCCCUGGAGCAAGAGAGAAGGUUCCGCCUCCCUCCGAAGCCACCUCCCACUCUGCAACCCGACCUGUGCGGCGGGCAAAGAUUGGAAGCUGCUCUGAGCUGCCCUCGUCUCCUGAGGCGUCCCCGGCAGCAUCUCAUCCGCAGCCUGGCAGAGGCCAGGCCGGAGGAACUGACUCCCAACGUGAUGGUGCUCCUGGCCCAGCACCUGGCCCGGCACCGGUUGCGGGAGCCCCAGCUUCUGGAAGCCAUUGCCCACUUCCUGGUGGUCCAGGAAGCCCAGCUCAGCAGCAAGGUGGUGCAGAAGUUGGUCCUGCCCUUUGGGCGGCUGAACUACUUGCCCCUGGAACAGCAGUUUAUGCCCUGCCUUGAGAGGAUCCUGGCUCGGGAAGCAGGGGUGGCUCCCCUGGCUACUGUCAACAUCUUGAUGUCAUUGUGCCAGCUGCGGUGUCUGCCCCUCAGGGCCCUGCACUUUGUCUUUUCCCCAAGUUUCAUCAACCACAUCAGCGGCACCCCUCACGCCCUGAUUGUGCGGCGCUACCUCUCCCUGCUAGACACGGCCGUGGAGCUGGAGCUUCCGGGAUACCGGGGUCCCCGCCUUCCCCGAAGGCAGCAAGUGCCCAUCUUCCCCCAGCCACUCAUCACUGACCGUGCCCGCUGCAAGUACAGUCACAAGGAUAUAGUGGCAGAGGGCCUGCGCCAGCUGCUAGGGGAAGAGAAGUACCGACAGGACCUGACCGUGCCUCCAGGCUACUGUACAGACUUCCUGCUGUGUGUCAGCAGCUCUGGUGCUGUGCUUCCCGUGAGGACCCAGGACCCCUUCCUACCCUACCCUCCCAGGUCCUGUGCCCAGGGCCAGGCUGCCUCCCAGGCCACUACCCAUGGCCCCACCCAGAGGGUGGUGCUCAUGCUGCGGGAACGUUGGCAUUUCUGCCGCGAUGGCCGAGUGCUGCUGGGCUCCCGGGCCCUACGGGAGCGGCACCUGGGCCUGCUGGGCUACCAGCUCCUGCCGCUACCCUUCGAGGAACUGGAGUCACAGAGAGGCCUGCCCCAGCUCAAGAGCUACCUGAGGCAGAAGCUCCAAGCCUUGGGCCUCCGCUGGGGGCCUGAAGGGGGAUGAGGGGCGUGCACAUGGGGCUCAGGAUGACCCCCCCCAAUAGGGGGGUGGACAAUUUGCACUUUGGCUCUCUAUAUUUUGGUUUCUCAUUAAAGUCCCUUUCCUUCCUCA